ACUCGGUCGCGUAACGCGCGCCCGCGGUCAGUCGGUUGCUAUGCGUCCGGGCGAGGAGGUGGUGGCGAACGCGGCGCGCGACCCGAUGAGAACGGUUCCCUGAGAAGGGAACGGAGAGUGCGAGAGAGUCGCGCGCUCUCACCCCCGGCCGGGAGGCGGCGACGACGACUGCUGUCGCUAGUAUUACGAGGACCGCGACGACGACGACGACGACGACAACGACGUCGACGACGACGACGACGACGACGACGGCGAGAAGCGAACGCGUACAUUCACGCACUGUCCGAUCCUUUCCCCGGCGACGGCGACGACGGCGACGGCGACGGGAGCACCAUUCUCAUUCAUGCGACGCGAGUCGCGGAUGACGACGCCGCGGCACGAUUAGGCCCACGCCGAGCACGAGCCACGAGCACAUGGUAUCCGGCGAUCGCGAUCACGACCAUGAUCGCGUACCAAGCCGCGCCGAUCAUCGGCCUCGUCCUCCUCGUCCUGGCGGCCACUUUCGAUCGCGGUGAAGCGAUAAUAUGUUACCAGUGCAACAGCGAGUACGACCCCAGAUGUGGCGAUCCAUUCGAUCCGUACAGUUUGGGAGUCGUGAACUGCAGCCUUCGGCCUCGUCUGGAGCACCUCAGCUACUUGGAGCCUACUCUUUGCCGAAAAAUCAGUCAAAAAGUGUACGGCAAGGUGAGGGUCGUCCGCGGUUGCGGCUACAUCACGGAUGAGGAGAAUGACAACGGCGAGUGCCUUACAAGGAGCGGCACCCACGAUGUGCGCGCCAAAUACUGCUCGUGCACCGACGAUCUGUGCAACUCCGUCGAGAGUCUCCGCACGCCGUCCCUACUGCCACUGGCGUCCCUCCUGACUGCCGUACUGGCGACACCGAGCCUGCUCCUAUCGUGCCCGAUCGCACCGCCUCGUAUCUCCCUCUCGACAGCCUAAUUCUGCCUAUAGUCGUUCUUCGAGUCGCACCCCGAUAAUCCGAGAUUCCACCCUCCCCCAGCGACCCGCAAGGGUCGUCGCGCCGCACGGACCGUUCGUAGGAUUCACUCCUCUCCGCUCCGUUACACCCCCCGGUCGGUCGGUCGGACGCCAGUCGAACCGUCAUUGUCAAUUUUCUUUGCGAGCUAUACCGAUCGCGAGAAGAUCGCGACGGGAUGGCUGCAGUAAUCACUGAAGCAAAAAAGGAUCGCUGUUUCGAUUUUCAGCCUAUCGCGCAGUUAUACUGGCUUUCGGCCUAAUUAAGUCGCGUCAGACAAUUGAGGCACGUCGCAAUAUCUUCACGCCGCCAACGAAAAAGGACUUUUGCACCCGAGCAAUCGAAUACUACCCUCUUCCUGUUCCGAAGUAGCUAUCCGAAUUGUACAACGAAAUCCGACGCGUCGCUCCCCGUACCUCUCGAGGAAUCGAGAUCGCAUCGAUUUCUCAACGCGAUUUAUCAAAAGCACGAUUUCUCGCGCACCCUUGCAUUCACGAGGGCCUUGAUGACACGCUGAAGAGGACGAAGGGCGACGCACUCCACGAACUGCUUCGUAGAUAACUUCAAAUUUCCAUCGCUAACGAAGAGAUUUCACAAUUAGAUCUUAACGGUGUUCUUCGGCUGCGAACGGUCCGUAACGUAGCCAGAUUAAUUAACGUAGCGUAUAACGGUGAUAACUGCCAGAUGCGCGAGGGCGACACGUCAGUAGUAUACAUAUCUCUGCGAAGAAAAAAAUCAAGAGAAAACGCAAAAAAAAAAAACGAUACCACGGCCUCAGCGUAAAAGAAAGAAAUUAAAAAAAAAAAAAAAAAAGAAAUCGAUCAUCGACGUCUCUCGUGUUGCGCUGAUAUCACGCUCGUUGCGUGAUUCUCGUUCGGAUUUCAUCGGCUGUUCAGAUAGAGAAUCUCCGGAUAUUUUUUGCAUAGGCAAAUUAAGAGGAGUCGAGUAAGAAAUUCCUUCUGCAACUAGUUCAGUUAAUCGUUUAAAUUUCGCAAACGUAGUUUCUCCGGCGAUAUUACGCCGUCUUGAAUCUGCGAGGUUUCGCAGUUAAAUAAUACCGGAAGACAAAAAAAAUCGUGAAUUUCUCGCAGAAGGCAUCCCUCUCGAUUCCUGUCAAUUCGCCUACCUUUUGUACAGGAUCGACCGAAUCUCCUAUCGCGCGGCGGGUGCAUUAUUCGCGAAUGAAAGAGAGAGAGAGAGCGCAGCAGGGGAGACGAACGUCUUACGAAAAUUUACUAGUAAAACACGGUAAUGUAAAAUACAAAGUAGCGGCAUCGCGAUAACACACUUCGCACCUCGCCUGCUACCGCUAAACACAAUUCGCGUGUCUGUGCAUGAGUGUGCCUGCCUGUGUAUGUGUAUACGCAUUAAUUACGAUGUACGUAUAUGCACGCGAAGUUAAAAAAAAAAAUAUAUAUAUAUAUACAUAUAUUUUGUCGUUGGAAUAAUAAGCCAAAAUGGAAUUGCACGCGAGAUCGACGGACAUGCUUAUUUCUAGAGGUGCAAUGACACGUAGCGUUUGCGAAACGAAACGGGAUAUAAUACGGGAUGCGUCCGCGCUUCGCAUCCGUUCAGCCUACCUGCAACAUUCGUUUCGUACCAUAAUUUAAUUGUGACAAUUAUAUAACAUAAUCUUUUUCCGAUAAAUAGGUAUGUUCGUAAA